AUGAAAUCCAAUUUAGAAAAAAAGAAAAAAAAAAAAGUUCAAGGUACUACAGGGGAUGUGAAAGUUACAUCAACAGAAGAUGCAGAAAAGGACAAAAGGAGAGCAUCAAUAAAAAAUAAUAAAAACGAGACGUUCAGUCGAUUUUUAUUUCCAAAGAAUCCAAGGGCAUUUACUAACCUUAUAGAAUAUUCUUUUUCAAAUGAACAAUUUGUAACAAUAGAAAAUAUUGACCACACCGUUUUUCAUCUAGAUAUAAAAUCCUGUUUAGUAUUGAAGGAUAGUAACGAAGGAAAGAACCAAAUCGAAUUAAUAAAAAAAAAAAUUGAAAAAGCAAAUGCUUUUACUCUUUUAAAAGAUAACGAUUAUAUUUAUCAUAAGCCAAAAAAUUGUUUUGAUUAUAUUGAUAGAUAUUCCCAAACAGUGCCAAGAUCAUUUAAAGAUGAAUGUACUAAAACUGAACCACAAGAAAUAAACGAAAUAUGUGACACAGUUUCACAGUCAAUAAUAUACGAUGCCUAUCUGCAAGAAUUUCAAAAAAUUUCAAACGGAGCAGACGGAAAUGACAAGGAAAAAUAUAAUAAUGAUAAGAAAGACAAUGAUGAUAAAAGCAAAAAGAAUAAUUCUUUAAGCAUGGGAUUACUUUCAGAUAAUGCAGCAAGCUCAUAUUCAGGAGGAUGCUCAGAUGAUGACAAGAUAAGAGGUAUUUUAUUUUCUUCUGCUUCCUCAUGUAGUAAUAGAACAGAUAUAUUUAGUGAUAAUGAUGAGUGUGAGAAUAAUAAGGAUAACUAUGAAGAUGCUAGUGAUGAAUAUAUGGAUUAUGAUGAUAAUAAUUAUGAAGAUUAUGAUGAUGAGGAUAAUAAUGAUGAUUAUAAUGAUGGUAAUAUUUAUGAUAAUGAUAAAAAUGUAGAUAUAAAUAAAAGUAGUAUAAAAAACGAAAAAGAUAAUUAUGAUAGUAAUAUGAGUGAAGAAUAUAAUAAAGAAGAAGAAUAUAAAGAUUGUUCAUUUAUCGAUGAAAAAUUAAAGAAAAAUAAAAACCAUUUAGAUAAAAUAAAUAAAAAUAACGAGAUGAGAAAAACAAAACAAAUGAGAAAAGGGGAGAAAAAAAAAAGAAUAAAAAAAGAAUCUAUUAGUGGAAAACAUGAAUUAUAUUUUAUAAAUUAUAAAGAUAUUAAUGAACAAAAACAUAAACAAUUAAAUUUUAUAUAUCAUGAUAAUAAUAUAAAAAAGAAUGAUAAAAAAAUUUUAUAUAAAAAGAAUUUUUUAAAAACAUUAAAAUUAAUGGAUAGAAUAUAUAAUAAAAAUAAUGAAGAAGAAAUAUAUUUAUCCUAUAAAAAUAAAAAUAAUAAAAAUAUUUUAACAAAAUUAUGGAUUUUUUCUUUAAAUACAUAUCAAUUAGUUGUAACUGAUAUAAAAUUUCAUCCAUUAUAUGAGGAUUUAUUUGCUAUAUCAUUUAAAAAUAAUGAUUUUAAAAUAAAUAUGGGUAUAUUAUGUUGUUUUACAUUUAAAAAUACAAAAAAUCCUGAACAUUUUCUUAAGACAAAUUUUCAUAUACAUUCCAUUGAAUGGUCUACUAUUAAUACAUCUAUAAUAAUUGUUGGUUUGUCUAAUGGAAAUAUAUGUAUAUAUGAUUUAAAAAAAAAUAAAAAAGAAUCUUUAAUUUUUGAAAGUAAUUUUAAAGAAUUAUAUAAUAGAGAUAUUAUUUCACAAAUUAUAUUUCAUCCUCAAAUCAAAAUCUUUUAUUCUGUUUCAUAUGAUGGAUAUAUAUAUCAAUGGAAAUAUAAUCAUAAAUUUACAGUUGGAGAAAAAUUAUUAACCUUAGAAAAAGAUAUUGAUGAUUAUAAUAAUACAUUAAAUAUAAUACAUACACAAUCUAUUACAUGUAUAGAUUUUAAUCCUUUUAAAAUAAAUUUAUUCCUUAUAGGAACUAAUAAAGGAAAAAUAUAUCUAUACUCAAGUACUUAUUCAGAUCAUUAUUUAAAUAUAUAUAAUGAGCAUACUAUGUCUAUCAAUUCUUUAUCUUAUAAUAAAUUUAAAAGGGACAUUUUUAUAUCUUCCUCCUAUGAUUGGACAAUAAGAAUAUGGACUCAAAAGAGGAAAACAUCCUUAAUAAUAUUUGACAUCAAAGAGUGCGUAUAUGAUGUUAAGUGGUCUCCUUCUUUAUCCACCUGCUUUUUUGUUAUAAGUUCCAAUGGAACCGGCAAAUUGCAUAUAUACGAUUUAAGCAUAGACAUAAAUAAAGAAAUAAUUUGUGAAAUUAUAACAAAAAAAAGGAAAUUAAGAAAACUGUGUGUAAAUAAAUUUAAUGAAGUUAUAUUAAUAGGAGAAGAAAAUGGUUAUAUUUAUUCAUAUAAAAUAUCUUAUUCAUUUAAUCCGGAUUAUAUGGAUUAUUUAAAAGGUAAGCGUAAUGAAUAUUUUCAAAUUGAAAUUAUGGAUUCCUUCUUAAGCAAAGUCAAAUGA